AGGUGUCCUGGUAUCAUGAUUCCCAACGUUCUCGACUGAAAGGGUGGCAGGUGGCACUCCGCUCCGCUCCCAGGAGUCCUCCGAGUGUCCAGCAACAACUGUUCCGACAGGACAGCGGAGUCCAUGGUGCAGGUGAACGGCAAACCCAGCUGCUGCUUCUUCAAGUUCAGCCCCAAACUGAUGUUCACCAAGGUGCUGAAGGCCCAGCUGUGGGUGUACCUGCGCCCGCUGCAGCAGACCUCCACCGUCUACCUGCAGAUCCUGCGGCUCAAGCCCAUCACGGAGCAGGGCAGCCGCCACAUCCGCAUCCGCUCCCUGAAGAUCGAGCUCAACUCCCGGGUGGGCCACUGGCAGAGCAUCGACUUCAAGCAUGUGCUGCAGAACUGGUUCAAGCAACCGCACACCAACUGGGGGAUCGACAUCAACGCCUUCGACGAGAGCGGCAACGACCUGGCUGUUACCUCGCUGCGACCCGGGGAGGAGGGGCUGCAGCCGUUCCUGGAAGUGAAGGUUCUGGAGACGACCAAACGCUCUCGGAGGAACCUGGGCCUGGACUGCGACGAGCACUCCACCGAGUCCCGCUGCUGUCGCUACCCUCUGACGGUGGACUUCGAGGCCUUCGGCUGGGACUGGAUCAUCGCGCCCAAGCGCUACAAAGCCAACUACUGCUCGGGCCAGUGCGAGUACAUGUUCAUGCAGAAGUACCCGCACACUCACCUGGUGCAGCACGCCAAUCCCCGGGGCUCGGCGGGGCCCUGCUGCACCCCGACCAAGAUGUCGCCCAUCAACAUGCUGUACUUCAACGACAAGCAGCAGAUCAUCCACGGCAAGAUUCCCGGCAUGGUGGUGGAUCGAUGUGGUUGCUCUUAAGCUGCAAGGACGACACGCUUGUGCACGUUCACCAUUCCAUCAAAACACACAAAACCCAAACGAAGCCGUCCCCUGGCACAAGAACACACUACUUGGCACAAGAUUUCACACACACACACACACACUCACACACACACACAUGUCCUUGAUUCCAGCUUGUAAAAGUUCAAUCGAAACGAGGGACUGAGCCAAGGAAUUACGAAGUGAACGUGAGGAGCUUCAGAAGUAAGUUUUUAUGAAUCGUCCACGUCAGCGGACGGAGAUGACAUUUCAAGCUUGGUCUGUCCUGAGGGCACCAAGACCUGUUGGACACGACUCUAUGUCACAUACUCUUACUCGCAGGUGAGCCACAGAACAAAACGCUUCGAGCAAAAUCCACAGCAACUCGUAGAAAUGCAGUGAAAUGUUGUUUACAGACGUUUUCAAACGUGACGCGGCGAGGAGAUCCAAAAACCAAACCCCUAAUGUUUAACGCCCUGGCGUGACCUUCUCGCGUAUCUACAAACCCUUUUCACUGCCGCUUUGAUCUCUUUCAUUUGGAGUCUUGUGAAAACUCCAAACACUGCUAUUUGUGCUAAAGCAGCUGCUCGGCUUCGCUUGUACACUUGAGCCCAAAGUCGUCAGAUCCCGAAUAUUUCAUUGUUGUACUUUUAUCUUUUAGCUGGGAGAAAGUGGAGAAGACUGACUUCUGUCAAGUUCUCUGAAUGAAUCCGGCAAUCAUUUCCUGUAAUAUCAAUUAGUUUUGGAGUUAUCGGUACAUAACUAACUGUAUUUAAACGCCCAUCACCAGACUCGUUAUGGCGCCCACCAAGAAUUUCCUGUAAUAUCAAUUAGUUUUGGAGUAAUCGGUACAUAACUAACUGUAUUUGAACACCCAUCACCAAACUCGUUAUGGCGCCCACCAAGAAUUUCCUGUAAUAUUAACUAGUUUUGGAGUAAUCGGUAGAUAACUAACUGUAUUUGAACGCCCAUCACCAGACUUGUUUUGGCGCCCAUCAAGAAUUUCCUGUAAUAUUAAUUAGUUUUUGAGUAAUCGGUACAUAACUAACUGUAUUUGAACACCCAUCACCAGACUCGUUAUGUCGCCCACCAAGAAUUUCCUAGAAAUAGUCAGCAUUUUUUGCCACUUUUUGUCAUUUCCAGCUAAAGAAAAAUAUUUUCAUGUAAAAAAGCAAACAAAAAAAUUCACUUUAAUCCUUAGAAUGUUGCUAGUUUAUGAAUACUUUGCAGCCUAAGUGUACAUUGGGAAGGUGAGCAAGAAUCAAAACAGAGAAAUUCCCGAUAAUGUUAAUAAGAGUCAUUGAUGUAAAUAAAAAACGUAUAAAAGUUCAUGGCUGACGAAUAAAACGUGCGCUGCAGUGUUCAUAUUUCAGUUGAUUUGCUCAAAUACUCACAGCUUCCAAUGCAAAAGAGAACGUUCUUCACGCCGCUAACUGUCGUUAGGAAGCCUAUUGGAAGAAGUCUCUCCGACCCACGUCCCAUUCCUAAAGACGUGACAUUGGAGGAAGUCUCUCCGACCCACGUCCCAUUCCUAAAGACGUGAUAUCGGAAGAAGUCUCUCUGACCCACGUCCCAUUCCUAAAGACGUGAUAUCGGAAGAAGUCUCUCUGACCCACGUCCCUUUCCUAAAGACGUGAUAUUGGAACAAGUCUCUCCGACCCACGUCCCGUUCCUAAAGACGUGAUAUUGGAACAAGUCUCUCCGACCCACGUCCUGUUCCUACAGACGUGAUAUUGGAAGAAGCGACCCAUGUACCGUUCCUAAAGACGUGAUAUUGGAAGAAGCGACCCAUGUACCGUUCCUAAAGACGUGAUAUUGGAAGAAGCGACCCAUGUACCGUUCCUAAAGACGUGAUAUUGGAAGAAGCGACCCAUGUACCGUUCCUAAAGACGUGAUAUUGUCAGUGCUUGAGUACAGUAGAGGUUAGUCAAGUCAAAGUGUGUCUUUGUCUCCUGGAUGUCCGAGCAGAGACGUCCAUUUGUUGUAAACGAAAGCACUAUGCUGUUGGAUAAAGGAAGAGCCUUCUGACAUUAUUAUAUAUAUAAAUGAUAUAUGUAUAUAUUUCAAGAAAAAAGGAGUACAAAAAACUUUUUUUGGGGGGGGCACUCGACCUUACCAACAAUAAAUUUUGCACUAUGGCAUGAGGAGGUAAAGUGUUGUUUGUGUGUGAGCUUGUACAGUAGCCCAGACUCUGCAAGCGUUCACACCAACUAGCGAGCUUAGCACGCCGUCUUUGGUGCAUCACACUUUUCCUGACUUUUGUCCGAAGCGGGGACCUGUCCACACAUACUGUGCAAGAAAUUACAAGACGAGUUCCCUUUCACACACCAAUUUAAGGCCCUGGAAGUUUUCACAGAGUUAAACAUUUUUUUUACCCUUUAUGAGAUUUUUUUUAUUAGCAGCAUAUGCUACAAUCGUCAAAAUUCUGAAAACAUUUAGGGACGCGGUCUUAAAAUACGGCGAAUCUACAGAAUACGGUGGUACCUCGCUUGUCACUAGUAAUUUGCUUCAAAAGGUCAAACAUAAACCAAAUCGUGUCGAUCCAUUUCAUUCGUCUUAGACGUCCAAAAAUAAAAACACAAAACACAUUUUAUAGAGAGAAAUUCCUAAAA